GUGAAGAAAUAAAAGGCUUAGAUUUACAGUUUCGCAUUAAAAGAAAGUGGCAGAGUUUAGGUGAUACUAAACUAAUAGACUUUCAAAUUCACAAAAAUCUAUCAUUCGAUCUGGUGUUGGGGCAAGAUUGGUUAUGGAUGCAUGAAGCAAAAAUAAGCUUUGGACAUUCUCCCAAAACCUGUGUCCACUAUGCUAAAAUUGUAAUAGAUGGUAUGAGCAUCCCAUUAAUCGAAGAAGGUAGCAGGCCCAUAGGUGACUCAAAAAUUUAUAAAGCCAGCUCUACUAAAAAUAACUCACUCAAUUCAAUAGAAUCAGCGCUCGAUCUAGCUCUAGAGGAAGCUACAGAUAUGUUCAAGAAAUUGCCUCUCAGAAGCAAAGAUGAUAAGCAACGAAAGAGGCGUAAUAGAAUAUUUCGUAACAUACCUCCUGUACCCCCACUAUCCAGAAGAUUAAAUAAUGAUAUUUUCAAAAAAAAGAGCAAGAAAAAUAAGGUCAUGUAUUCUACGAAUUCAGAUACUUCUUCCAAUUCAGAUACUUUGGACAGUAAUUUAGAAGGUAGUCACGAUAAUAAUCCAAUAUUAUUUGAGAGUGGAACACAGAAAAAGCGUGUUAGUGGUACUACAAAUAAGUCAUCAAGUAAGAAAGCAAGAAAGCAGAUUAAAAAAGAAGAUUCACCUACAUUAAAAAAAACUUAUAAGCGAAUUGACUACUGA